AUGGUUUCGAGGUCUUAUUCCAACCUAUCGGAUCUUACUUCUGGUGAAUCACCAACUUUUGGCCGAGGGGGGAAGAGGUUGUCUCGAGUUGUGACUUUUGCUGGGGUGUUGUCUGAGCUAGAUGAUGAAAGUAAGAGUAGUGUUGGCUCUGAUGCUCCCUCUUCUGUCUCCCAAGAACGGAUGAUCAUUGUUGGGAACCAACUUCCACUUCGGGCGCAUCGGAGAUCUGAAGUGGGAAUCUUUGAAGAUCUAGAGACCAUUCUCUGGCUGCCUUUGAAAGAACCUAUCUGGGUUGAUGGAGUAGUAUUGAAAAAUUUGUCUGGGUGUCUUUGUUGA